AUGUGUUUCAGUUGUGGGCGCUGGCCAUGGACUCAGCCAGAUGUCCAGCUCGCCGCCGAUCCUAUUGACAAGCGAUUCAUCUACCUCGACGACAACGUUGAAUGGUAUCAGGACACAAGAACCUUUUGCAUUUUGGGUCUCGUCUCUCGUCUCCUUUUUGAUUCAUAUCAAUAUCGAUCCAACUUCAUCAACUUCGCCGCCACAGCACACAACCUCACCACAUUGCCACCACCAAUCGUCCGCCUUCUUUCUUUCACUCCGCAUACAGGCACCAUGCCCAAUUUCUACACCUACCAGAAUCCAUACCCUUCUCAACUGGCUACUACAGGUCAAGGCCAUUGGGAAGAUCCGGCGGACUGGCCACGCACCUUCAUCUACGUAACUAACCAAGCCGGGAAUCAGGGCCUCCAUCCGCCUGCGCCUGUCUUGCAGACCAUUCCAGGCCAACAAAACAUGUACUACUAUCCAGGAAGUCCAAGCACCCCAGGAGGCUAUGUCAUGAAUGGAGUUUGGCACCCUACUCAACCUGCUGCACCUGCAGCUGCUGGAACUGGUUGGCCCUUCACCUGUUAUCCCCUUCCAACUGCCCCUGCGUCGACCUCUCCUCCGACCUGUAACUGGGCGUAUGGUUACUCACCUUGUUGCACAGCAUCGCCACCGUUUCAAGUCUCACCGGGUACUCCGUGGAACGCUUCUGCCGCCGCAGCUCAGGUUGCCGCAGUCAUAGCAGCCAACACAGCCCUUGCUCAGCAACCAAAUGCACCGUCUUACUUCGUUGGCACCAGUGCUGCGGAGAUCCAAGCUCAGAACGCCAUACUACAGGCCCAUCUCUACAACCUAGCCGCAGGUCAAGCUCAACAACAGGCAACUCAGGUUGCACCUUAUAAGCCAGGUACAGGUCCUCAGUUUUGGUGCAAAGAAACUGAUGGCAGUUGGACUUUACGAGACCAAGCUGAUGCAGCGACUUUGGGUGCUGGCCAUUGGGAAACUCAUCCAACCAGCGGUUACCAUUAUUUUGUUAAGCAUGCUGCUUGA